AUGCUGGCUGAAGUGGUCGUAUUUUCAAUUCGUUGUGGUCCGCGCGAAGUUCCGCCAGUUCUGCCCAACUUGGUCCGUGGAUUGCCGUGGUGGAGAGAUAUGCUGUCGCGCAAGGGCCGUGGAGCUUGCCAUUUGUUUACCACCCGAAAUCGUUCUGCACCACCCAACUCGCAAGUUACAGACAGCGCACACGAGUCCGUACGCGGUGAAAGGCCGAACAGCCUUGUUCCUCCCAUGAAAACAUACUCUAGGAAAAUCGAGAAUAUCUCGACAAAAAAAAAUCAAAAGAAGCCAGUGCAGAACCCCCCAACGCCUAUCUCCAACCUUUUUGCGUGUGUCCUUUUAGAGCCCCCAAGACGGUUGCUCGAAUCGAGGCUGAAAGUAGAAGUUCAAGUGUAA